AUGGGAGCAGAAGCAGGAGAAGAAGAGGCACCUCUGUUGCACCCUACUCUGCCAUCAAACUCAACCAUCAAGAGAACUGGGACGAUAUGGACAGGUGUGGCACACAUAAUAGCAGGAGUGAUAGGGUCAGGGAUUCUAUCACUAUCAUGGAGUAUGGCUCAAUUAGGGUGGAUUGCAGGUCCUUUAGCCAUGUUGUUCUUUGCUUCCAUCACUCUUCUUUCUACUUUCCUUCUCUGCGAUUGCUAUCGAUCUCCUCAUCCUGAAUUUAGUCUCACCAGAAACCGAUCAUUCCUUGAAGCUGUUCAUCAGACUUUGGGAAUUGCCUAUACUGUUACCACUUCUCUCAGCUUGAGAGCAAUUCAGAAGUCAAACUGCUUCCACAAAGAAGGGCAUGAUGCUAGUUGCGAACAGGGAGGAGGCACCUUGUAUAUGCUUCUAUUUGGAGCUGUUCAAGUUAUCUUGUCCCAGAUACCAGAUUUCCAUCACAUACUGUGGCUAUCGAUUUUUGCUGCAAUCAUGUCUGUCAGUUAUUCCUCCAUUGGAUCUGCACUUGGUUUUGCGCAAGUAAUAGAAAAUGGAUAUUUCAAGGGUGACAUUGGAGGAGUCCCAGCUUACAGUGCAGUUGAGAAAGAUACUUUAAAAUCACCUCCUUCAGAAAACAAGACUAUGAAAACUGCCUCAACAAUAGCAGUCAUUGCUACAACAACUUUCUACCUCUGCUGUGGAGGCUUUGGUUAUGCAGCUUUCGGAGAAAAUACGUUGGGGAACCUAUUGAGAGGAUUUGAUUUUUCUGAACCAUAUUGGCUUGUUGAUCUUGCUAAUGCUUGUAUCGUGCUUCAUCUAGUUGGUGGCUAUCAGGUUUUCACUCAACCAUUAUUUGCAAACAUUGAAAGAUGGAUUGCUAAGAACUACCCAAACAGCAGAGUUAUAGAUUCUGUACGGGGAAGGUUGUUAUUAAUCAAGAAACCUGACCCAACUAAUGCUGCUGGAUCAGCUCGUUGGUUGGUCUCCCAGAAUUCGUGGGGUGUCUUGAAUACUAUAUCAAGUGAUUUGGGAGGAGCACCUUUUGGGAAUGUUGUUUCAUUUAGUGAUGGCCCCCCUGGCAAAGGUAGAGGCAUCCCAUACUUUUAUUUGACUACUCUUGAUCCAACUGCGAAAAAUGCGUUACAAGACCAGAGGUCUUCAUUUACUAUCAGCGAAUACAGUUUAGGAACUUGUGGAAAGAAAGACCCUGAGAACCCCAGUUGUGCAAAAAUUACGUUGACCGGAAAGAACAAGGGUUAA